AUGCUCGGCCACUUCAGCCUCGGCCUCCUGGUCGUCUGGGCCUGCGCUCUGGUCAAUACCGUCGUCUCUGUUCCGGUCGCUUCCACCACCGUCUCCAACACUGGUGACCAGCAGAAGACUGCUUCCAUCCGCGCUGCUGACGGCGUCUUCAGAGGCAGACGCCAUGGUCCAUCGGAGAUGCGACGUACCUUCAACAAGUACAACAUCCCCAUCCACGAGAACCUGCACAAUGCUGUCAACCGCUACCUUGAGGAGGUACCCGCAGACCAAACUGGAAGUGUUCCGGCAACAUCGAUAGAGGGCGACCUUGAGUUCGUCGCUCCUGUGGGCAUUGGCACACCAGCCCAGAUUCUGAGCCUCGACUUUGACACUGGCUCUGCAGAUACCUGGGUUUUCUCCAAUGACACUCAGGCCAAGGCAGUCAAGGGCCAGGAGAUCCUGGAUCUCAGCAAGUCGACGACGGCCCAGCAAAUCCCCAACUGCACAUGGAGCAUCAUCUACGGCGACUUCUCGAGCUCGUCAGGACUUGUGUACCGUGACACCUUCACACUCGGCGACCUGUCUAUCCCCAACAUGACGAUCGAGUCUGCCCAGAGCGUCUCGCAGCAGCUCAGCAAACAGAAGGCCAUGUCGGGCCUGGUCGGACUUGCCUUCGGCAGCAUCAUCCAGACCACGCCCGUCCAGAAGGCCUUUCUGGACUUCCUGCCCGACGUCCUGAAGAACCCCGUCUUCACCGUGGAUUUGCGACACAACAGCAGCGACGGGUCCUACAACUUCGGUUUCAUCGACGAUUCCCUCCACACUGGUGACUUGGAGUACAUCAACGUCGACAGCUCGGAUGGCUUCUGGAGCGUGCAGAUGAAGGGCUUCGCCACGCAGGGCUCGGCCAUCUCGUACGAGUUCGCGGCGCCGCCGGCCGUCAUCCUCGACACGGGCUCGACGCUGUUCUACGCGCCGGACCAGGCGGUCAAGCAGUACUACAAGACCGUGCCGGGGGCCAACUUCUCGUACGAGGAGUACGGCUGGAUCAUCCCGUGCAACGCGACGCCGCCCAGCUUCCUGUGGGAGCUGGCGGACGCCAACGGCACCGUGGUCCAGGGCGAGCUGCCCGGCGACUACCUGGUCUACUCGCGCCUCAACGCGACCCUGAGCCCCGGCGCCCCGCCCGACUACUGCUACUCGGGCCUCCAGACCCUCGGCGGCUUCACCUCGCUCGAGGGCAUCUUCGGCGACGUCUUCCUCAAGGCCGGCUUCCAGGUCUUUGACGUCGCCCGCAAGCGCGUCGGCUUCGCGCCCAAGGCCCUGCCCGGCAUCCAGCACCCGGAUCCCCGUGGCGGCGGCGACGACGACGACGCCGAGGCGCACUCCGAGGGUGCGAAGAGGGCUGUCGAGAUGCCUAAGGAAAAGAUCAUGCUCUACUGA